GCGAACGGAAUCUCGCGUCGGAGCUCUAUGGUCCGUUCGUAUUGCUAGCGCGCCCUUAUACAUACGUAUAUACACGGAAGUGGUCCCGCCCAUUGACCCAAACGAUCGGUUUUGGCGGGAGUUCUGGGGGAAGGGAAGGGAAAGGGAGGCCGCUUCAGCUGCGCGCUAAAGAGGCCUGAGGAGAUCUGUGCGCGCGGCCGCUUCGCAGGUGCCUUUAAUGAGGGGGGCGCGCGCACGCGGUGGCGAACCCCUUGAAGGAGCGAGCGGGGGGGGGGGGGAGAAGGGAUGUUAUUCCUCCACCACCUCCGUCCCACCCCCUUCAGGGAUCCGGGGCACUGCUGUGUUUUGUGGGCCGCGAGAGUCCCUGUGUUUACUUAGAUAACAUAGCCCUGUUUAGGGAAGCUUUUAAUGUUUAAUAGGUUAUUGCAUUUUAGUGUUCUGUUGGAAGCCGCCCAGAGUGGCUGGGGAAACCCAGCCAGAUAGGCGGGGUACAAAUAAUAAAUUAUUAUUAUUAUGUAGCUGGAGCAUUGAGGGGGUGGGCGGAGGGUGGUUGCUUACACUUGUUGUUGUUUUUGUUGCUUUAUCCUGCUCAGGGCAGCCCAAAGCGACUUACAUUCAACCAACCAGAGAGACAAAAAUCAUCGCACAGCUAGAUAUAGAUAUGUAGGUUAUAGAUAUAUAGGCAUAAAACUAUGUAUGUGUAUAUAUGUGUAUGUGUAUACACACACACACACAUAUAUAUACACUGUAUAUUGUAUGUAUGUAUGUUGAUGUUUAAAUUUGGAAAUAUUGGACAAACUGAGAUAGAAAUACCCUCCCGCAGUAAUGGGAGUGGGGGUGGGGGUUGCUGUCGCUGCCCACCUGCUUUUGACAGGCAGCUUCCAGGCCCCAACUGCUCCCCUUCCUUAGGGCUGCUUGCUUGCUUAUUUGUAUUUAUAGUCUGCCCUUCCCCCAUGCUGUCUCAGGGUGGGCUAUAUGCAGCUUAGUUACAGUUAAGCCGUGUAGUGUCCCACCCCAAAGGGGCUUGUGCGAAAAAGGUGCACCUUAAAUAAAUGUAGGGAUGGGGCCAAAUGCUCCUGGAGGGAGAGUGAUCGACAAUGGUGUGUGUGUGUGUGUGUGUGUGGCUACUGCAGAAAAGGCCGUCUCUUGCUUGACUGCCUCGCAGGAUUUUAGAUAGUGGCAGAACUGCUGGCAGGGUGAUAGAAUCACAGAAUUGUAGAGUAGGAAGGGACCACAAGAAUCAUCUAAUCCAGCUCCCUGCAAUGCAGGAAUCUUUCACCCAACUUGGGAUUUGAACCCACAACCCUCAGAUUAAGAGUUUCAUGCUCCACUGACUGAGCUAUCCCUUCGCCCCUCCAGAUCUCAGAACUGGGAGCUUGAUACAGUCUGCUUAUCUUUGAACAGGAGAUGUAAGCCAGGGACUACUUCAAACAGAAAACUGUUCUCUGACAGCCCUUCAGAUAGAGGACUGUUCACUGUAUAGAAGAAUGCAUAGACAUUGGAGGAGUUGUGUAAUUGUCAUCAGGGUUUCUGUGCAACUUGCUUGCAGAUUGUAGUGUAUGUUUCAUGGAUGUGCAUAGAGAAGCCAUGACAUUUCUGAGUAAAAAGACUUUGUUGGUUCUUGAUCAUAUGACAACGUAUCCUUGCAGACUUCACCCUUUUUGUUCUUAUACCAGAAGAAAAAAAUAUAGGCUUGAAGGCUUUUCUGCUUAUAAAUGAAAUGGUUCAACAAAAAUAAUUGCUUCACUUAUCAGUGGUGUCAGGAUUGAUGCAACUGAGAAAUGAGUGGAGCUAUCAAAUUACAAAACUAAUUUUUCAAAUUACACAUGUGCAUCAUUUCCUUCCCAUUCCUCCUUUGCAGACUGGUGAGAAACAGCAGCAAUGCAGGCAUUUCUGAAAGGACCAUCUUCAAUCAGCACUAAACCCCCAUCUACCAAAGAUCGGGGAACAGCUGCCACUGCAGGAGGCAGUGGGGAGGGCAAGAGGGUCAGAGCUAUUCCUUGGGUGGAAAAAUAGUAAGUAUUGGACUCUGCUUUGGAAUCUAAAUGAGUGGUGUAAUUGCCCAAAAUGAAUGCGAGGGAUGAAGAAUGCCUCUUGCUUGACUGAGUGAAGGGGUGUGUAGAAAUUGACUCUUGUAUGGCUGGCAUGUAGCCUGCUGUGCAAAGAUAAAGAAUUGCAUCUGUUGAUCUGCCCACUAUUUCCUCUUGACCCACCCACCACUGGCAUGCAGCCCCCAGAAGGUUGUCCAUGUGGAAAUGUGGCCUUUGGCAUAAAAAAUUUCCUAGCCCCAUUGCUAGGGGAAUGUGAUCAUCUACACUGGAGGUGUUUUAAAUCAUAGGUUUUCAACUUUCUUUGAGUCCAUGGCUCCCUUGACCAAUUUCAUUCUUUCUGCGGCACCCCUGUGGGGCUCAGUGGCUCAGUUAUGUCACCCCUUGCCUGCAGAUCUGGCAGACCCUCACCCCUCCCUUGUGGAGUGUUCCCUCAGCCUCCUCUCCCCUCUUAUUGGGAGUCCUCUGGGCAGCCACCGCCCAUGGUCUCUGAGCUGCUCCCCCACCCCAAAGAGAGGUGCCUGGGGCUGGUGGACUGGCUGGCUGGGUUCCCUCCCUUGCUUGCUUACUCCAAGGCCACCUCAGCUCCUGACAACCAGCACCCCAUACAAGCCCAGAGGCACCAUUCGCCUGGGGAGCUUGUAGCCAGGGCUGCUGUAACAAGCAGCCAUGCAAGCCUUUGGGAGGCAGAGACCCGAGAAGGCAUCUGAGGAGAAAGGGAAGGAAAGAGGAGGCCAGUGUUGCCCUCGGCACCCUUGACCAUCAGUCAAGGCACCCCAGGGUGCUAGGGCACACUGGUUGAAAACCACUGUUUUAAAUAAUGACUAUGACUGUAACCACUAGAUGUCUCCACUUAUAUUAUGCCUCUCCUAGUGUUGGUGCUCUGUUUCACAGGACAGUGUUAUAUGAAUGCCAGUCCAAAGUUAAUUCUCCUAUAUAAGCCAUGCAGUGUCAGAGGAAUGGCUUGUGGAAGAUUGCAGAGGUUCUUUCUGUGGAAAAGUAGAAGCUGAACUUGUUGACAGCUUCUUUGAUGUUGCACUGCUUGCACACGCAGGCCAAGUUGCUCAUCUGUGGCUGGCUACUACAUCGCCAGAUGUCUAUUUUUUUGCAUCAGAGUAUUAGCUAUUAAGACUUGCUGCUUUGACUGAAAUAUUUGUUAAGCUCCAGAUUUGAGGGGUUAUUUGCUUGUUUAUCUCUGUAAAAAGAAAAGCCGACAGCAGCAGAAAUUUAUUAGACUCUGCAGUGUAUUCAUUUAAAAGCUUUCCUAAAAUCAUUUUCAGCAGGCAGUGAAAAUAGCAAGGAAGCCAAAAGCAGGUCUUUGGGAUGAUUUCCACAGGAUGGGUGACACAACUGUGACAGCUGUGCUCUGCAUCCGUGGACCACUAACUUCCAUAAAAGAGAAUUGCUUUGCUCAUUGAUCUAAAGGAACAGAGAAGUUACGGUACAUGUAUCGUUACUUCUGUUCAGAAAAUAUUAGUAAUACAUGCAAAGUUUUUUAUUUCUUUUUUUUUAUGUAGCCGCCCAAAAUGCAUGGAUGAAGUUGCAUUUCAAGAGGAAGUUGUUGCAGUACUGAAGAAAACCUUACAAGGAGCUGACGUGAGUAUUGCAGUUCUCCCAGCGCUUCAUGGCAUAUGCAAGUUAAUUUUUCCAGUGGAAGAUAAUUAUUGUGUGUAGUCUUAUGAAUCAUACUUUUGUGUCUAUAUAGUCAGAAUAAAAUUUAUUGGCCGUUCUGCAGCUGUAUGCUCCCAGAACAGCUCCCAGAACAACAACAAAAAUUACAAUAAAUCCUUAACAGUUGAGAGUUAACGUGUAAUAUGGGACAACUUAUUGAGUGAGUCUCCAGGAGUAUCAUGCUCUUGGGACUCCUUUUGUGGGGAAUAGAUUUUGAUGGCAAAAAAACAACCAGAAGUGAAGGUUCUGGAAUGGUAUAGGAAGCUGCAUUGUCCCGUUGGUCCAUCUGGCUUGGUACAGUCUAUACCGAUUUGCUGCAGCUCUCUGGGACUUCAGACAGACAUCUUUCUCAGCCCUUUCUGGAGAUGCCAGAGACUGAACAGUGUGCUGCUCUGCCGCUGAGCUACGCCUCCUGCCCAGUUUAAUCAGCCCUUUCCCAGUGCCACUGCUGAAAUAAACUUCAAAGGCUUCCCUCUGCAUUUCCUAAAAGAAGCAAAUGAACACCAAACCCUGAAACAACCAGGGUUGCAUAUCCAGUGCUAGUCCUACUCAGAACGAACCCACUGAAGUUAACAGGCAUGACUAACUUACAGUCAUUAAUUUUAAUGCAUUUCCUCUACGCAUUGAACUUAGCUAGGUACAACCUCAUGUGUAUUUUUAGGGUUGUUAAACCAUGCUUUAAAAUGUGGCAAUAGAAGCUAAGACAACUCUGCCCCUCCCCCGCCCCGGCCUUUCUCUUGUCGUUUAUGUUAGUGGCUGGAUUGGCUCUCUGGCCCAAAAAUACACCCGUACUUUGGGUCACAGAAAAGGUCAGUGUAAUUCGCUUGCCCCAUCUCAGGUUCCCUCCCAGGCCAAAUCCAGCACUCCACUGCAUGCAGACAUUUCACACUCCAUUGACCUGCUUGCAGCCAGUUACCCAUUGCACUUUUGUCUCAGCAAAACAUCAAAUAACCAGAGCAAGCCAACCCUUAGGUCACAGUGCCUUACCUCCUGCCUUUUUCUACCUCUGUGGUGAUGAUUGACUUCUGACGAAUGAUUGACAGGUAAUUCUGAGGCUCCAGACCUACCAGUUUAAAUUGUAGAAGGCUGGAUGUCUGGGUGCAAGGCCUGAUUGAGGAGAUUAGGGCCUUUCCGAAUAGGGCUCCCCCUUACCCUGAAAGGAACACAUGAAGGUACUACAAAAUAAGUACUGUGGUAUAUUAAGGGCUAUGGCAUAAGCUUUCAAGGACUACAAAAAAUAAUCUGGUACAGUUAAUGUGAUGGCACCAUUAUAAAUCCGGCCUUGUCUAUGUGAAAUAGAACAUGGUACAAGUGGACUUGCUCUUGCAAUGGGACUUCCCCCUUCCUCUCCUUCCCCUGCCCUGAAGUUCCUUGAACAGUUCUCAAAUUUGCUGUAAAGGAUUGGGGGAUCUUCUGGAGUAGAAAUUGGGGGGCUUAAGGGAGAGGGGAAGAGGGGGAAGUCCUGUUGCAUGAAUGGAAGUCUGUUCCUCUUGUACAUAGACCCAAACUUCUUCACUGUAUUGGUUGUAUUCAACUUAGUGCUAAGAUGAGCUUUCCAUCAGUACAAGGAUUUCCUCUUGCACAAUGAAAUGUUCUUUCCCCUCUCUGCAUGCCCCCAUGAUCUGUUCAGGGGUUUCCCUCAAGCCUCCAGAGCAGAUUUAGGGACAGCAUAGGGCAUGUGUGGAGGGUGGAACCACCUUUGCCCUAGAGCAAAAAAUUAGCUGAACAUCACCCUUUUUCUGUAUCUGAUGUUUCACAUAGAGCUCGAUCUUGCUUUCCUAGGGAAAUGUGCAUCAUGCUUAAUCAUACGCAUCCUUUGUAUCAUUCUUCCCAGUAUCUGCUUUGUACGAAAGGCCAGUAGUGCUUGGCUCCUCCUACUCUUGUAAUCUUUUCAUUCCAGCUGUUCAUUACCUGACCUGAAAGUGUUGCUGUGCAAUGCCAGGUCAAUGAUGAAUAAAACCACUGCCAUCCACGACCUGAUUAUGGAUGGAGGAUUUGACCUGGCAUGUGUGACAGAGACCUGGUUGGAUGAAGCAGAUGCGCCUGUCCUUGCUGCUGCUUGCCUACCAGGUUUCUCUUACUCACAGCAACCCAGGUCAUGUGGGUGGGGAGGGGGGGUUGCAGUGAUUUUUAGGAAGUCAUUCGUUUGCACCAGGUGUCCUAUUGGGAAGACCUAGUUUUCUGAGUGCAUGUUCUGGAAGUUGGGCAAUAGGGGCAGUACAGGAUUCCUUUUGGUGUACCGACCUCCCCGCUGCACCAAGGAUUCCCUGCCCGAGCUGCUUCAGGUCGUGGCGGAUAUGCUCCUGGAGAUACCUAGUUUGGUUGUCCUGGGGGAUUUUAACAUCCAUGCCAACACGACCUUACAAGGGGCCGCUCGGGACUUCGUGGAAAGCAUGGCCUCCAUGGGGCUGUCCCUGAAUAAGUUUGGCCCAACUCAUAGCCGCGGACAUGCCUUAGACUUGGUGUUUACCUCUACGGAUGUUGGUGAUCUGACACUAACUAAAAGCGAAACAAAAGAAGUGCCAUGGUCAGAUCACUUCCUGCUGCAACUGGACUUCUCCCCGACCCUUCCCCUCUGCAGGGAGGUGGGACCGAUUCGGAUGGUCCGCCCCCGCUACUUAAUGGAUCCAAUUGGCUUCCAGAGAGUGGUAGGGGAUGUUUUAUCCCAAGUUGAUGACCUAGUCUUUUGGUAAGAAUGUUUAGCUGGAGUUUGAAGAAGAUAUGCUUCCACUGGAACGUCUUAAAAUUUGCAGCUAAAUUGCCACUCCAUCUCAUGCAUUCUUUGGAGGAGAUAGCAAGUGCUAAGGCUAGUUACUAAUACUUGUGGGGGAAGGGCAGGGCAGUAAUGAUGGGUUGUACAUGGCUCAUUUCUAAGAACUCUACUACAACAAACAUCUCACAUGUUAAAAAGCAGGACAUCUCUUGUCAGCACUGCUCCAGGGCACCUUAAUCUGCCCCUGAACAUGUCCAGUCUCUUUAUCACCUGAAGUAGCUAUUUGCAUCCUGGCCAUUGUAUUGAAUAGUUUCAUUUUAAGAUGAUUCAGAGUACUACAUGGGAUAUUUGACCAUCAUUAAAUAAUAAGUACAGUGGUACCUCGGGUUACAUACGCUUCAGGUUACAUACGCUUCAGGUUACAGACUCCGCUAACCCAGAAAUAGUACCUCGGGUUAAGAACUUUGCUUCAGGAUGAGAACAGAAAUCGUGCUCCUGCGGCGCGGCAGCAGCAGGAGGCCCCAUUAGCUAAAGUGGUGCUUCAGGUUAAGAACGGUUUCAGGUUAAGAACGGACCUCCAGAACGAAUUAAGUACUUAACCCGAGGUACCACUGUAAUCAAUUGACCAAUGUAUUGAAAUUAGUCUACAUCUUGUUAGAAUAGCUCAGUUGGUUAGAGCGUGGUGCUGAUAACAUCAAGGUUGCAGGUUCGAUCCCCAUAUGGGACAGUUGCAUUUUCCUGCAUUGCAGGGGGUUGGACUAGAUGAUCCUCAGGGUCCCUUCCAACCCUACGAUUCUAACUUGUUUUCUAUGUAGAAAUGUCCAUGCUUUUGAAAGUGUUUUGCACUGUGUGUUGUAAAUUUCCAUGUAUCUUUAGCUGAUAAUAGGCCACCUAUAGGCACCAUAACUUCAUCAUUGGCAACAGUCAGAAAUAGCGUAGCUUGGUCAUGUUACAGCUUUGCUAAAAAUACAGCCAUUAAGUUAGAUAAAGGAUUAGGAGAUCCUUCAUCAGACCUUACUGUAGGUGCCAGCUAAAUGUGCUGUUCAAGUUUGUGGUAUUCAUUCAUUGAUUGGCAAGUGUAGGUUUUCUGUAAAAGUACCAAAUGUUGAGUAAAGUAGCAGGAUAGUGGCUGUUUGGUGUGCAGCUCUGCUUGUAUAUCAACCCCAGUUGACAGUUAUUUUGUGUUUCUUCCAUUUGCGAAUUAUUGCACCAACUGUUGUCACCUUCUCACCAAGCUGCUUGGCAAUAGUCUUGUAGCCCAGCCCAGCGUUGUGCAGGUCUACAAUCUUGUCCCUGACAUCCUUGGACAGCUCUUUGGACUUUGGCUACUUUGGACAGGUGUCUUUUGUACAGGUACUGUAACGAGCUGGGAUUACAGGUAAGACCUCUCCCUUACAGCAGGUGCUUCUAAUCUCAGCUCGUUACAUACAGUGAAGAUACCAGGUAGCCUGACAUCUGGCUGGUUGAUAGGGGAUCAAAUACUUAUUUCACUCAUUAUAAUGCACAUCAAUCUCUGACUUAUGUCUUCUGGGGGUUUUCCUGUUGUUGUUCUGUCUCUCACAGCUACAAUAAACCUACCAUUAAAAUUAUGGACUGGUCAUUUCUUCGUCAGAGGGCAAACGGGCAAAUUUACCCCUCACUGUAUUCCAAUUUUAUUAUAGUGUCAUUUUGUCAGCAGGUGUGUGAGGGCUCCUGGUCCCCUAGACUUGCCCUGCGACAAAAGUCUUGCUUGCUGAAGGACUUCCUCAAUGUGAUCUGCCUAUUUCCCCCCCUGUAAAGGUCCUUUGAGGGAUUGGGCAUAAACAGUCACUUAAAAAAAAAAAAAAGCUGAAGGAAAUUGGUUGAAGUAAAACACAAAAGAUACUUCUGUGUCUGUUCUGUGACAAAAUCCAAAGCGAAUAACUCUUGUUGACUUUAAUAGAAAAUGUUCCUUUGCAUUGUUCCUUUGCAUUAAUUCAUUAAUUCAUUAUUUUUUUAAAAUUCAUUUUUUUUUUAAAAAAACAACCUAAUAUCAUUUAUUCACAAUUAGUUCAUUUCAUAGUUAACAUAAUUAUCAGACCUGUUGAUGAUUAAAUUGCCCUUUGUUAUUACUUUAAAGCAUUAAAUUAAUUAGAACACUAGAUUUAUAUUUGACCAAAUCAUCUAUUGACCUGUCCUGUGUCCAACUCAAUAUGCAUCCCUGUAUAGUAUUUAAAAUAUUAUCUAAAGCAUCUGUUUCACCUUUUUCCCUUCUGUCUUGGGAUUACCAAUUACAACAUUCUGAAAAUAAAAAACCAAAGCGUAAAGAUAGUAUUUGAAACAGGCCGGUAAAUAUUGAUCAGAUUAAAAUCUAUGCCUGCAAUUAUACACAACUCUUAUUUGCAAAAUCGUGUCCCAUGCUUGAGUUGUGGCAUAGACACCUAUGUAAGUGUUGUAAAACAAAUACUCAAUGAUAACAUCGCCUGAGGUUUCUUGUUCCUCUAAAAUAUCCACUUACAAAAUAUUGUAUGACAGAAUUGUUUAACCUCCUGCUGUUGCAGCUUCCCAAUCUCUUGUUCUAUGGCCCACCUGGAACUGGAAAAACAUCCACUAUUUUGGCAGCAGCCAGAGAACUCUUUGGGUAAGUGUGGGAUCUAGUGGCAUUCAAGUGUCUGUUUUGAGUCCGACAAUCCUCUAGUACUUUUGGUGACUUAAUAGUAGGCACUUGGUUUAGUGCAACAUGAAGAAGCAGAAAUUAGGCAGAGUGAAUCUUGAGUUUGCAGGCAUUUCUCUUCCUCCAGAAGAGAUAAACCUGUAGUUAACAUUGGCAGAACAGUUUUAAGCCAUAGUUACUGAAGUGGAGACUUUAAGAAAGGUAACCGAAAGUUAACUUUCCAAACUGAGAUCAUGAUGAUUUUGAGUGUUUGGAAGCAAAACAGUAAUGCAUGGCUGCAGAAUUUGUGGCCACAAAGUCUAACACUAUGUAUUAUGGAGCGAGACAGGUACUUGAACUGCGCACCCCCGUUCAUGCAGUCUCCUCCGUGAGACUAGGUGGGUUUUUUAAAACUGAGAUUUUCCUUCAGUUGCACAUCCAUAACUUGCAUGUAUAAAUAGAGAAGAGAUGCACAGAAAUGGGGGGAAUGUCACUCAGUGAUUUGAGUGUUUUGUUAGUUAUCCAAGUGAGUUCCUUUUACAAUCAAUAUAGAAGUUUUAACAAAUUUAGGACGUUCUGAUCACUAAUCAUAGGGCUAGAGAAGGCCUUGUAUGCCUUCUAGUACAGCCUUCACUAAGCUGAUGCCCUUUCGAUGUUUUGGACUGCAAUUCCCACCAGACCUAUCAAGUACAGCUGAUGGGAGUUGUAGUAGGGAACAUAUACACUUGGUUGGAAAAUGUUGAUCUAGACCAACCUCCUACUCCAUACGGAAAAUCCAGAGCUUAGAGCCUUUCAAGUUGAGAUGCUUUAUCCUAGUCUGUAUCUGUAUUGGGCACAAUUGUUUUUAUAGUUUCCUUUUUUUUUGUCAAAUCACUUCGGGAUGUUAAUAAUGCCUUAAGUGAUUCAUAAGUUAAAUAAAUAAUGAACAUGCAGUCCAGGUCCCCAAACAAAAGGGGAGCGAGAAAACCUUGUUUUAACCAAGGAAAACCAACGUCCAGAAUUCAAAAUGCAAAACCAGAUUAAUAGCUCGGUAUAACAAAUAGGUUAAAAAUUGGCUGAAUUUCUGUUCUGAUAAACAGGCCCGAACUGUUCCGGCAGAGAGUCCUUGAGUUGAAUGCAUCCGAUGAACGUGGAAUACAAGUCAUUCGAGAGAAAGUGAAGAGCUUUGCUCAACUAACAGUGUCGGGAAGUCGUUCAGAGUAAGCACAAUGAUCAAAGCUGCUUUGUAGGAUUGUAUUUCUCUCUGCUUUAGUUUUAUAAGGGUUCGCUCUGUAAUGCUAAAUUAAGCCACAAGUCAGCAUCGCACGGUGGAUUUUGGGCUCUCGAGUGAGUCACGGGAGCAUAACUGCAUUCUGAGGGAAUUUAUCCUUCACAUGUCUUGCACCACUGUACCCGAUAGGACAUUUAUGGAAGCCGUGAAAUUGUGUGCAAGCUUCCCAAAUGCUGAAUGCACUUGUCUUCUAUUGCACCCUGAAUGAUUCAGUUGCUGGCAUACAGACAGCAGCUUGUCAGUCGUUGUGUGUGACAUUUUAUUUCCAACAUUCAGUCUGUCAGUUACUUGAAGAGUUGGCUGAGUUAUGGCCAAGCUAGCUGGGGAAGAUGGGAGCCUGUGGGCCACAACACCAGGGAACUCAAGAUUGCAGUACGCUGGAACAGUGUGAGGGACGUUAUCUUGUCCUUCACAACAGGAAGCAGAUUGUCUUGGCCGGCCCUGAUUACACUGUCAGAACUUGAACAGGAUAUGUUCGGAGACACGUGUCAUCCUUGAAAUAAAAGUUCCAAAAUAUUAAAACAUCUUUCAGAUCUCAGAAAUGGAUUAAAGUGGCUAAGCAAUACUGAUGUCAUCGUUUGUUGGAUUUGCAAAUAUUACCUGCACUAGUAGCUUAAGUUGUUAAUGCAUGUUUUUGCAAUGGGUGUGUGUUUAGUGGCAGGCCGUGUCCCCCAUUUAAGAUUAUAAUCUUGGACGAAGCGGAUUCUAUGACCUCAGCAGCCCAGGCAGCUUUACGGCGCACCAUGGAGAGAGAAUCGAAAACAACACGCUUCUGCCUUAUUUGUAAUUACAUCAGCAGGUAUGUAUAGGUUUCACCAUUCUUUCUUACUUAUUAUUUGAUGGAAAAGAUUUAGUAUCCCACAUUUAUUCCUAGUUCCCAUUGUAAAAAUCCUAAACUUGCAUUGUAAAGAGUUCCUUAAUUCCCCUUGGAAAAUGAAGAACGUAGCAUAAUUGAUGCAUUGCUAAAUUUUACUUUUUUGCUAAGGGGCAGGAAGUAGUGGAAAAUGUAUUGUCGCGUUCUGCGGAAACUAGAGAGGAUGGAUUCCUCUUGUAAUUGCGUUUCACUUUCUCUUUUUCACAGGAUAAUUGAACCCAUAACAUCCCGAUGCUCCAAAUUUCGUUUCAAGCCCCUUUCAGACAAAAUCCAGCAACAGAGACUUCUAGACAUUGCUGAAAAGGAGAAUGUGACAGUCAGCAGUGAGGUAGAUUUUCUGUUCAUUCAGAGAUUCAUUGUUUUUAAUUCUGUGAAAAGAGACGGGCGCAAUGCUUAGUGUAUUUUUUUCUGGGUCACUGCUGAGCUACAUGCAUAGUUUAAUCAUUACCCAUAUUUUACAGAAGGGCCGUUGGUCCCACAACUUAGUCAAAAUACCGUAUUUUUUGCUCUAUAGGACGCAUUUUUUCCCCUCCAAAAAUGAAGGGGGAAAGUGUGUGCGUCCUAUGGAGCGAAUGCAGGCUUUUGCUGAAGCCUGGAGAGCGAGGGGUCGGUGCGCACCGACCCCUCUCGCGUUCCAGGCUUCAGGAAGCUAUCCGCAGGCUUGUGGAUAGCUGCCCGAAGUCUGGGGAGCGCGGCGCUGUGCACCCCGGGCUUCGGGCAGCUCUCCGCAAGCCUGCGGAGCCCGGCUGGAGUUCCCACCAGGCUCCCAAGGCUUGCGGAUAGCAGCCUGCUGUCCCCGAAGCCAAAACAGCGAGACUGGGUGCUGCACAGCGCUCCAUCUCGCUGUUCCAGCUUCGGGAUGGCUGCACAAAGCCUCCGCAGCCCGCCGCCCUGCGGAGGCUUGAAAGGCUGUCCCCGAAGCCAAAACAGCGAUACGGGUCGCUGCGCAGCCCUCCGUCUCGCUGUUCCAGCUUCGGGAUGGCUGCACAAAGCCUCUGCAGGGCGGCGGGGUGAAGGCACCCCGCUGCCCUGCGGAGGCUACAAAGGAUGUCCCCGAAGCCUCAAGCCUUUGGAGUGCAGCUGCGCUCCAAAGGCUUCAGGGAUAUUUGAGGCUGGCGGUGGGGGAGAGCAGCGCUUCCCCCCACUGCCAGCCCCACAAGCUCGGGGGGCAGCGGCAAGGCCUGCUCUUGAACGCACCUUGUUUUUGAGGGGGAGAACAAGAAAAAAGUUUUUUCCCCUAUUCUCCCCCUCUUAUGGUCCGGUGCGUCCUAUGGUCCGGUGUGUCCAAUAGAGCGAAAAAUACGGGUAAUUAAGCAUAGUUAGGGAAUUUCUGUGCCGGGUCAGUGGUGGCUAGUAUUUUUGGCAAGUGUGCCUCAAGUUCAAAGUACAGACUAGUGUCAUUCUAGAGUACACAAGUGGUUUUGCAGUGCAGUGGUGAGGCCUUACCUCUUUAUUAAGUUUAUUAAGCUAGGGUGCAGACUGCAGUGCAGUGCUGUGCUGGAGAGGCUGAGCUUAGGCCUGCCUCCGCAGUAUCAAGACACAUGCUACCCUGCUUUUAUUCAGGAAUGCUGCAGCCUCAUGCUGCCAGCGUCACGGGGCUUUGUCUGGAGCAAAUAGUGCCUACCCAUUCAUACCAGUCCUGGCAUCUGCAGUCACACUGUACUGCAUCCCUGUUUAAAUAAACACAGUCGGCCCCUCUUGCAGCAGUGAGAGAGCUCACACAUAGUUACAGAAGAGGGAGGAGGAAACCUUAUUUGUAAAUUAUUUGUAUAUUUGAUUAACUUUGCUAAAGGAAGCAUUCUGUUCUAGCUCAAACUUGUGAGAUUAAACAUAAAGCUUACUCUUGUGUUCCUAGAACGUUAUCCGUGUUGUGAUACAGAGAUCUGACAGUGUUGGACAAAAGCCAUGGGGACAGAUCACACCACUUAUAACGUGAUUACCAUUAGAGCAUUUGUUGAUUUGUAGUUGAGAAGGAAAAUGUGUAACUACAUGUGACAAAUGGGGAAAGUGCUGUGUUCGCCCCCCUGAAUGUGUCAGCCUUCCUACUGAAUUGGGUAAGAUAUGGAAUCUGCUGUAGGAAAAGAAGAGUACUUCAGAAAAGCAUCUCAACUGUCUCAUCUCUUCUUUGAUUUUCUUAUAAAGCAGUAUUUCUUCCACAGGCAGUCUCUUACCUUGUCCAUGCAUCAGAAGGGGACUUGAGAAAAGCAAUCACACUUCUUCAAAGCGCUACACGAUUAACAGGCGGGAAAGAGGUCACUGAGAAAGUUGUCACUGAAAUUGCAGGGGUAGGUCUAGUUUGCGUAUUUCAGUUGGCCCGGUCUAUGCUUGCAAAUAUUGGAAAACUGCUUCCAUAAAAUGGUAUUUUUUUCUUCACAGCUAUCUGUUCUGUUGUACCACACUUGCUUUUUCUUUCAUGACUUGCCCUGAAUACUAAAGUUCACAGGGGUGCAAAACAGGGCAAACAGAAAUAUAUUCCAUAGAAACUUGUGAAUCAUUCAAACAUGAAGAAAAGCUUUUGAAUACAAUCCUCUUUCAUUUUGCUUAAUUUUCUGUUUCUGUUAGAUCUGACUGAUUUAUUACAUGUUUAUUUACUAGGUGGAUGCUAUUGCAUCUCACCGAUUUAUGUCACAGGGUCAUUUAUAAGUUUGGAAAUGUGAGACCAAAUCCAUUCCCAAAGCAGAAUCUUGGGUCAGAGCAUGUUGUCUCUGAACAUCUGUGGUUCUGGAAGUAUGUUUGCUGAUCCAGCAGAAGACAGAGAGGCAUAGAAUAUGGCAGAAAUCAACACUGUGGAUUCAUAAUCUUUCAUAAAUUGCAUUGCAAAUGUGAUGUUUCUACCAUCUUGGUUCCAUGACGAAGGGGUGGUUAAAACAUAGGAAGGAUACCUAAUCCACUCUGAACCAUUUGUCAGGAGGGAAAUGAAGCCAUGGGGUGAAGUUACGGUAUCCCCAACAGAUACUGCAACUACACACGACUUCCACUAAUCUACUGCUGCUGCUUUACUGCUAAUCUAACCGCUGGCUCUCACUAACUGUGGGGCAAAGGGGUACUGCCAUCCCCUUUUUGGCAUUGCGCAAUGAAUGAAACUGGAGGAAAAAACCAGUGGUGCAGCAGUUGCCAUAUGAGGAUUUUCCUACCUAAAAGGUGUGUGUAAACCCUAGAACAUUGAAGUGAAGAAGACCUAUGGAAAAUGGUAUGUUCUAGUGAUGGCUUCUGAACUUUUGCUUACACAUCAGGACUUGCAGUCAUUGUUUUUAUUUUUUAUUCUCGGUGCUUCAAUGAGAUGUUUUUCUUUAUGCAACUUUUGUUUUAGAUUGUCCCUCAAGGAAUUUUAGAUGGUCUACUAACCGCAUGUCAGAGUGGCUCAUUUGAAAAACUGGAAGCUGCAACAAAGGUAGCUUGCUUUAGAUCUAAAAUGUACAGGGAUCAGAUCAGAUUUUUUUAAAUGCUACUUUUCUUUCUGUAUUGGCAAGUUGUAGAGGAGGUAGUAGUGGUUAUGUAAGCAUGUUGAAACAAAAAACUGCUCGUCUUUAAGCCAGUUAUGGUGUUAAUGUAACAUGAACUCUCUGACAUUUAUUCCCAGUGACCUUAGGUGGGAAAGCACUCUCAAAGGGAGGAGUAGCACUCCCUGGUUACAAAAAUCCCCAGAAGUAAAUGCAUUAUGCGUGGGUAAAAUUUAUUUUACCCACAAAAGCAUUGCCCACUUUUGUCCCUGGUUCUGUCCACCGAUAUGUGCCCCUUUCCCCAAAGGUUUCCCAGAGGGAGUGGGGCCCUCCAGCUACAAAAUGUGCCUUACACAUCUGCAAACAGCUCUGCAGUCCUUAUUGCAACGUGUAUCCAAAAACUGUAGGCUUGCAUUAAUCUCCAACACGCUUUUUGUGGGGCGGCACAUUUGAUAAUCCCAGAUCCUUUGCUGCCAAGCCUGACAUUUCAAGCCUCUUGGCAGCUUCACUAGCUGCCCUACUAAGCAUAAGUGGUAGCUGCAUAUGAAAUGGCCUUUCUGUAGUAUGAGGCUAGGUGGAUGAGACAUUGGCUUGCGAUUAACAGUGCACGUUAGUACUUUAAAAUCAGGAGUGGCUAACAUUUCAUCACAACUUAGCUAAAGUUUUUUAGCAUCACCAGGGGCCAACUACAACUGUUUUAAGGUUAGAGCUUCCUCAAACUUCCUUCUUGCUUUAGAGUGUUGUAUAUACUUCCUUACAAUUGGGUGAUGGAAUAGAUGAAUUGUGAAGAUGAAUUUUUAGUUCAUCGUACCUCUUUAGUCUUUCCCGGCAGCUGGUCUGUGCUUAGGCAUGUGACACACACACGUAUUCCAGAAUACUCAAUGAGGCUGACUCCAAGACUUCACUUAAGCUAAUAAUCUGAUUUGUGUCUAAAAUGACUCAUUAAACAAUGGUAUGGUACUUGUGUACAAUAAAACAAGAUAGCCUCCUGUUGUCUCAACCAUCAAAUAAUCCUCUGGGUAUUAGACAAAUCCAAUUUAAACUACCUGUUCUGAAUUUGUAUCACGUAGCACGCUUGUAUUUGGUAAUACCGUUACUCUCCAUUUUCAGAAAUCUCAUAUUGCAAUAUCUUACGUGGUAUUGUAGGGCGCCAAUGAUAAACUAAGCUUUGUCUCUCCUAGCUUUUUGUGAUUUACAGUAAGUCAAGGAGUACUUUCCGUCUGCAUUGAUGUAAUGUUUUGGUUGUCUAAGCCUGUAGCUUAUUAGUUUAAAUUGGCUAAUGCUAGCUGCUUUCAAUAUUUGUUUUCCCCUAUGUCCAGAAUCUGAUCAAUGAAGGUUACGCAGCUACUCAGUUUAUAAACCAGCUUCACGAUACCAUUAUUGAGAGGAAGGAUCUCAGUGACAAGCAGAAAUCUGUUAUUGCAGAGAAGCUUGCUGUGAGUCUUCAUUCUGUUUCAGUUCUUUUUAUAUCUAGAAUGCAUGUUUGCUUGUGGUUUGGGGGCCAUAAGAAAUCCUUUACAGUAUUUGUGCAUUAGUGAAUUCUUCCCAAAGAAUGGUAUACUAAUGGUACUCUCCCUGUAUGAGGCAAUUCUCCUUUUAUGGUAACAGGCAGUGGUAAGAAGGGAUUCAAGAGAAAUGGACAUUGGCCGUUGUUACCCCAGCCAACUUGCUUGAGCUACCUGUCUAGUCAUUACACACAAUGGAAAAGCAGAGGGAAGAUUUUUAGCAUUGCUCUACAUUUAUGCAGUGAUUAACAGAGAUAUUUUAUUCCUGUUCAGAACAGGAAGACACAAUGAGUUUACACGGAUUUCACAGGUGUGCUUUUCACUCCUGCUAGGGAGAAACAAAGGCAGAACUUUUUGGGUGUGCCUUUUUCUGUCCUGGGAGGGAAGGAGACAAUACCUGUAGACCAGUCUUGUUAGUUACAGGCAACUACAGUGCCUGCUUGUAAGACUGGCUGAGAAAUGCAAAUUUAAAUUCAGGUAGGGAUUCCUCUAACAAAUGGUCAUACAGAGCUCUGCCAACCAGCUUUAGAAAAUGUUGGCUUGAGUAAAGUGUACUUGGGGGUGGUCAAACGUUUGAUUUUGAAGCUCCCUAUAACAGCUUGAAAAACUAAUUUAUGUUCCUGAGAAGCAGGGAGAUGUAAAAGCCUGCUCUUCUCUGACUGCAUUAUAUAGUUAUCUUGGGAGAUUUUGAAAACUUGUAACUUUUCCUUUUUUUGGCAGGACACAGACAAGUGCUUGGCAGAUGGGUCUGAUGAGUUCUUGCAGUUGAUUAGCCUCUGUGCGGUGGUGAUGCAGCAGCUAAUUCAAAAUAACUAACAGCACGGCAAAAUAUUUUCCUUUUCAUUACUUCAUCCUAUUUGAUGCAGCUAUUUGUGGUACUUUUUGAUAAUAAAAUACAGCCUUUGUGCCUGACAUUCUAGUGGUAUAACAG